AUGGAGGCUGGCUUGCCUCCCAGCAGUAAGUCUGGACUUGAACGACUGCGGUGCCAGUGCCUCUCUCAGACCUCUUCUCGGGACCGAUCACCUCAGGGAGCCAGGGUCCCGGCGCCGCCGGCCGCCUCGGAGGCCGCGCUCCAGGCCGCGGGCAGCCCGCCAGCUCCGCCGGGAAGGAAGCACCAUGUAUGGGCCGACGGCGGCGAAGGAAACUCCUUCAACCCGCGCUCGAGGCCCUCGGGCGGCCGCCCCUCCGCGGCGGGGGAAGCACGCCCGAGCGCGGCCGCGGCCCACGGUCGACACACCGUGGCUGUGCGCCGGGCAGUUUUCCCGGCCCUGUCCUGGCUGGCUCCCCUUAACUGCCUCCGGGUAAAGGGACGGACCGGGGAGCUGCUUCGGAAGACGUGCCCAGAAGAUAGGCCUCCCCAAGGAGCGGGAUUUCCCCUUGCCGAGAUCAGAGGAAGUCUCUUCCCAGCUUCUCCCCUCAACAGCGGGUUAAUGUUGGAAACAGGCCUUCGGUGUAAAGGGGAUCACAGUUCCUGCUUUGCAGAAGAUGUCCAGCUCAGAGCCGUGGCCUCGCCGGCUUGGAGUUUGGCUUUUGGAGCCCCAGCCCUACCUUCUCUACGGCUCUUGUGGUGAAGUUUGGAGGAAUGAUAUUGGAGGCCGAGCGAGUGGGAGACGAAGGGCCUCCGCAGAGAGCUGUGUCCGCCCAUGGAAAAGAAAAUGUGAAGGGGCGAAGAGGGG